GGAUUUCUUUCGCACGACUUCGUUCGCGGCUUCACACCCUUAGUGCCCUUAGCCAAUCGAAGCCAAUCCAGUUCUUUAGGCAUUCGCAGUUCGCAGCAGCGUGGUCGUGCGGUCUUCCUAGAGUGCGAUCGUUUCUUUCUUGAAAUUCCACUGUGUUUGAGCAUCAUUGAAGAUGGCAAUUCACGAUCAGAUUGUUAUGAGAAAGAUCAAGAAGCGACAGAAAAGCAGGAAAAAGUUAAGGGCUCUUAAAGGGCUCGAAGGCGAGGCGAAGCUGGCUAAAUCGAAGAAACAAGCCCCGGUCGGAGACAUAGAAGACAUCGAAGAUGAUGCCAACGAUGAACAGAUGCCAGAGGCAGAGGAAGAUCAGAGCGAGAGCCCAGUCAAUGCUAAAUCUGAAGAUGCUGAGGAGGAGCAAGCUGAACCAUUGCCAGGCACAAGUUUGGGAGUGCUGUCGGAUACCCGGUUUGACUCGUUCAAGGGUGUGGUCUCGGAAGCCAGCCUCAAGGCAGUCAAGGCGAUGGGGUUCACACAGAUGACCGAGAUUCAGGCCAAGACCAUACCACACCUGCUCGAAGGAAGGGACAUGGUGGCUGCGGCCAAGACGGGCAGUGGAAAAACGCUGGCCUUCCUGAUCCCGGCGGUGGAGCUGCUCUCCAAGCUCAAGUUCAUGCCCCGCAACGGCACGGGGGCCCUGGUGAUAGCCCCAACGAGGGAACUGGCCAUGCAGACGUUCGGCGUGCUGCAGGAGCUGCUGACCCACCAGAACCAGACACUGGGCCUCAUCAUGGGGGGCACCAGUCGCCAGUCGGAGGCCAACAAGCUCGCCAAGGGCGUCAACUUCCUGGUGGCCACUCCGGGCAGACUGCUCGACCACCUGCAGAACACAUCAGAAUUUGUGUACAAGAACCUCCAGUGUCUCAUCAUUGAUGAGGCAGACAGGAUUCUCGACAUUGGGUUUGAGGAAGAGAUGAAACAAAUUCUCCGUCUGCUUCCAAAGCGAAGACAGACGAUGUUGUUCAGUGCCACACUGACCAAAAAGACAGAGGACCUGGUAAAAGUCGCCCUCAAGAGCGAGCCUCUCUACAUCGGCCUGGACGAAAACAAAGAACAGGCGACAGUGGAAGGUCUGGAGCAGGGCUAUGUGGUCUGCCCUUCGGACAAGAGGUUUCUCCUGCUCUUCACCUUCCUCAAGAAGAACCGCAAGAAGAAGGUGAUGGUGUUCUUCAGCUCCUGCCUGUCCGUCAAGUACCACCACGAACUGCUCAACUACAUUGACCUGCCGGUCAUGAGCAUUCAUGGGAAGCAGAAGCAGGCCAAGCGGACGACCACCUUCUUCCAGUUCUGCAACGCCGACACGGGCAUCCUUCUGUGCACGGACGUGGCCGCCCGAGGACUCGACAUUCCCGAGGUGGACUGGAUCGUUCAGUACGAUCCGCCGGACGACCCCAAGGAGUACAUCCACCGGGUGGGGAGGACGGCCCGAGGGGAGGGGGGCAGCGGCCAUGCCCUGCUCAUUCUCCGUCCAGAGGAGGUGGGCUUCCUGCGAUACCUCAAGGUGGCCAAGGUGCCCCUGCAGGAGUUUGAGUUCUCCUGGACCAAGAUCGCCAACAUCCAGCCGCAGCUGGAGAAGCUGAUCACCAAGAACUACUUCCUGCAUAUGUCGGCCAAGGAGGCCUACAAGGCCUAUGUGCGCGCCUAUGACUCCCACCACCUCAAGUCCAUCUUCGACGUCAACACGCUGGACCUGAUUCAGGUUGCCAAGUCCUUUGGAUUCACGGUUCCACCGAGCGUUGACUUGCAUGUGGGAAGCAGCAAGGCACGACCCAGGAAGGGGAGAGCUUCAAACUACGGAUACGAGGGCGGCCCCUCCAAGAAGCGAGAGAAGUCGGUCAUCUACAAGCCCGUCCCAGUGGGGAACAAGAACAGACAGUUCUCGCGGUAGAGAAUGUAUCUCAAAGAGGGUCAUGGUAAACUAUCAUUGUCAUGUU